AUGAGGAAUUUAGAAGUUUAUGUGUUUUGUUUAUGUCUAAUAUUAACCACUGCCGAGCUUCUGGGACCUGAAGCUCGGAAGAAAAAUGAAAACAGUGAAGAUGAAGAGGAAGUGGUCAGUGAAGAUUUGGAUACCAAACAAAGUAGUCCAGAAGCCAGUUAUUUAAAAGAACUUACCGAGGCUAUGAACAAGGAGAUAGUUACUUUACAAGAGUAUGCAGAUGCUCUUAGAAACUCAAAGGACACAGUUAAGGAGGAUGAUAAUAACAAAGAUAGUCACUUGGAUCAAAUGGAGUAUACCCUGAAGCUGCUAAAGAAAAGCCUCUUAAGGCAUUCAGAUACAGCCUGGAUACAUAAUCCAAAGACUGGUGAAAGUAUUGAAAAUGAAAUUGAGAAACUACAAGAAAAUCCUCAAGAUAUCCUUGACACUCUACCGCCAUUGCCAGAAGAGGAAGAGGUAGAACUAACACCCGAGUUGAAAGAAGCCAAAGAAUUAUACGAGAUUGCAAUGGCGAAACUCAACCGUCGGUCCCCGGAUCUUCGCGCCUCCAUACUACAGGUGAAGCAAGCGGCUGAUGCUGGAUACGUACCAGCCAAAAUCAAGCUAGCCUGGUCCUACCUGUUUGGAGAAGGUGUGGAAUUGGAUAUGGAUAAGGCGAAAAAUAUAUUUGAGGAGCUCGUGGUCGAGGGAAAUGCGGAUGCUCAUGCUGGCAUGGGUUUCCUGUACGCGACGGGCAUAGCCGUACCCGUGUCCCAAGCGAAGGCCCUGGUGCACUACACGUUGGGCGCGCUGGGCGACAGCGACUACGCCCAGAUGGCUUUGGCCUACCGCUACUGGAGCGGCAACACUGUGCCCAGCUCCUGUCAGAAAGCCAUGGACCUCUACAUGAAGGUGGCUGCUAAAGUGGCAAGCCAAGUGACCUUCAGUGGGGGUCCGGCCAUCCAACGAACGAGGCUCAUCGACGAAGCUGAAGGAGGUGGUGGAGGUGCACUGGACACUGAUCUUAUUGAAUAUUACCAGCUUUUGGCUGAAAAAGGAGAUGUACAGGCUCAGGUCGGCCUCGGCCAACUGCACUUCCAAGGCGGUCGCGGAGUAACCCUCGACAUUAACAAAGCCCUGCACUAUUUCCAACAAGCCGCUAAAACCGGCAAUGCUGUUGCCAACGCAUUCCUCGGGAAGAUCUACCUCGAGGGAGGCGAUGGCAUCAAGGCCGACAAUGAGACCGCUUUGAGGUACUUCAGAAAGGCUAUGGAGAUGAAUAAUCCUGUUGGACAGAGCGGGCUUGGUAUUAUGUAUUUGCAGGGUCGUGGAGUACCCAAAGACUAUAAUGCUGCGUUUAAAUACUUCACAAUGGCCGCUAAUCAGGGCUGGGUAGAGGGACAACUGCAUCUCGGCUUCAUGUACUUUGGAGGUAUCGGCGUGCGCCGCGACUUCAAACAAGCCAACAAGUACUUCUCACUGGCGUCGCAGACGGGUCACGUGCUCGCUCUCUACCACCUCGGACAGAUGCAUGCUCAGGGCCUUGGAGUACUACGCUCAUGUACCACAGCUGUGGAGCUAUUUAAGAACGUCUGCGAGCGCGGCGAGUGGGGCUCGCGCCUGAUGCUGGGCCACGCGGCGUGGCGCGCGCGCGACUCGGACUCGGCGCUGCUGCAGUACCUGGCGCUCGCCGAGCGCGGGUACGAGCUGGCGCAGACCAACGCCGCCUUCCUGCUCGACAACGGCGAGGUGCGCAUGUUCAGCGAGCGUGAGCGCUGGGCGCGUGCGCUCCAACUGUGGUCCCGUGCGGCUGCGCAGGGCUGCGGGGCCGCGCGAGUCAAGCUCGGCGACUACCACUACUACGGGCUCGGCACGCACAAGGACCUGGAAGCUGCCGCCUACCACUAUAGGAUAGCAUCGGAGCAGUUGCACGUGGCGCAGGCGACGUUCAACCUGGGCUACAUGCACGAGCGCGGCCUGGGCCUGGCGCAGGACGCGCACCUGGCCAAGCGCUGCUACGACCUCGCCGCCGACACCUCGCCCGACGCGCGCCUGCCCGCCGCCCUCGCACUCGCCCGCCUCAACGCCGCCACCGCCAUGCAGCAGAUACUCGACGUACGUACUCACUCACUCGCACUGACACUCGCAGGCCUCAACGCCGCCACCGCCAUGCAGCAGAUACUCGACGUACGUACUCACUCACUCGCACUGACACUCGCCCGCCUCAACGCCGCCACCGCCAUGCAGCAGAUACUCGACGUACGUACUCACUCACUCGCACUGACACUCGCCCGCCUCAACGCCGCCACCGCCAUGCAGCAGAUACUCGACGUACGUACUCACUCGCCCGCCUCAACGCCGCCACCGCCAUACAGCAGAUACUCGACGUACGUACUCACUCACUCGCACUGA